UACAAAUGAAUAUUUUACAAACUAGACAUGAAGGCAUCAGAACUCUGGCAUCCAGAGAACUGAAAGAAAAGUUUGGAAUUGAUCUGAAACUGAAAAAAUUGAAAAAAAGCAAGUCCCAAGAAAAAAUGUUUCGGUGAACCAUUGGAAAAUUUAGAAAUGGUUAAUGUGCAGGCUGGAUCAAGUACAAUUCAAGUGCCAAAAGUUUUCCGUAUUUUGAUUGAUGUAGUUAAAACAAAUAUGAAAACAGAAGGGCUUUUUAGAGUAGAAGGCAGAAAAACCAAAGAGAAAGCGAUAGUGGAAACCUUAGAUAAAGGUGAUAAUAUGCCAGACGACGUUGACGCAAUAGAAGCAGCCUCAGUUAUCAAAAAAUUCUUAAGAAAUAUUUCGGGCAAUCUGAUACCAACAGACAUCAGUCAAUGGUUUUAUGAAGCAGGCAAAGUGGCUCCCACAAAAAUUGACGAAGCUUUACAGUUAUGCGUUUUGCUUUUACCUUUGAGAAAUUUACAUUUGAUGGUCUAUCUCAUGGAGUUUUUCAAUGAAGUAACAAAACAAUCUGGAUCAAACAAAAUGACUUCACAAAAUAUGGCAGUUGUGGUAGCUCCAAAUAUAUUUCCGGAAUUCAAGAGUAAUGAUUUACAAGUUCAAUUAGAAAUGUCCAAUUUAACAUUGACUAUAACAAAAAGUUUAAUAGAACAUCAAAGAGACUUGCCAACCGUUCUAGCUGCACUAACAAAUAAAUUGGAAACUUUGAAUGAAGAAGUAACCAGCAAAUCGUUUUAUAAAUGUUGGUCCUAGUUACUUUUUGGCAAAUAAAAACAGCAAAAUUGUACAUUUAAGAAAUAUAUUAAUUACUAUUUUUAAUAAAUAAAACUGAAUAAACGUAAUUUGAAAAUAAAUCCUCAAUAAACUUUCAGUUUAAGAUAUCAGUUGAAUGUAACUGAUAACCGAAAGGAUAGGAUUUUGCCAACAACAGUUAAUAGUACAAACUCGUUGUUUUCAACAUUUUUAGCACAUUUUUCUCGAAUGUAUAAAUAAUUCUAGUUAUUUACAAAAUAUAAGCUAAAAAUAUCGAAAACCAAACUUUCUUGAUGAGGAAUCCUGUUCUAAACAGAAACAAUUAAUAACAAUAUAAUAAAAGCAAUAAUGUUAAAGAAAAAAUUGGUUGCCCCAUUACCUUUCUCUAAAGGAAUAUCACAAAAAAUCUAAGUAUAAAUAGUAAAAACCUAUUUUUUCAUGUAAAUUUUAUUUUAACAGCUUAAAACAAAAAUGUGUCCAGUCGAUUUUUUUUUACAUUAAAAUUUUCAAACGCCCUUGUGAAAAAAAUGAUAUUCCUAACUCAUGCAAAACCCCGACUCUUUUAUUCGUGGGAAAGUAUUACUUUCUGCAUUAGUCAGGGAAUUACUAUUUCUUGGCGCUUAUUAUACUUAAUUCUAGUGCUGCUCUUGUUCUUGCUGAAGAAACCUUUGCA